AUUGCCCACCCACCCAAACAUUCGUUGUGAAUAGCAACGGUAACACACUCAGCCCAUUCAGCCUGCAGAACAGACUUUAAAGAUUGAGCUAGCUAUACCAUGCGGCUGAGAAGCUCAUGGUAUACACUCUUGUCAUUUGCAGCCUUUGUUGCAACAUGUGCUGUUUACCUUCGGUCCUUUUCUCGACUACAAGAUGCCUUCGUGACAAUAGUCCAGCCUGGUAGCUUGGAUGACCUUGAACAACUUGGCCGCUUCAUCGAAAUUUUAGACAUUGACGCUGUAGAACCUGAUGGACAACGAUUGGCUCAUCAGCUGGCUGACGCUUCAUUCUCGAACUCUCACCUGCAAUUUCUACCAGCUUUCAUAAAGUAUAUUGAAGGAGAGAAGAUCGCUGUUCUGGUAAUGAUUUGCGGAAAUAACGCUGUAUCUUAUUUUGCUUGCGGUUAACCUCUGAUCCCUUCCAGGUCUGGGUUAAUAUGUUUUACUGUUGCUUGGUUUUGAUCGGAAAGGUCAUAAGCAAAGCAAUCUUCGGCCGUAUUAUGAGAUCUGAAAAUCAGCAUCUGUACGACAAUAUGCUCAACUUUAUCCUAUUCAAGGUGAUUUUCAUUUGUACUGUCAUGAAUCCUCGCUGGGGUCAGGUUCUUGUAUUGGCUCUUUGGAUCGGCAUUCUUGGCUUUCUACAUAUCUUUUGUAAACUUAGUCGUGAUCGAUUUGAUCAUCUCUCUGUUACGCCAUCUGUGCCCAUGGUGGGCUUGUAUAAAAUUGUCGGGCUAUUGUGCUUUAUCCUCAUUAGCUGCUUCUUAUGGUACUAUGGCUGCCUUCACCUAUUCCCUUCCAUGCUUACGUUUCUUACACUGGAGACUGUUCCCGUAGCUAUCGAUACUAGUCAAUUAUUAAUCAAAUACGUUGCCCAUAUCAUCGAUAAUUUAUUCGAAGAUCAAAUGGAAAGCAAAGGUGUCAUAAUGUACUACUCCGAAUUGACUGCAGAUCUGCUUAUCCUUCUCUGUACCAUUCUACAGUAUCUUCAACUGCUGUGGAUGCAUGGAAAAUCUUUUGGCUGGACGGACAUAAUCCUGUUGCUAAAUUUGAGAAGUGCUUUUAAGCACCUUGGAAGGAAAAUCACCACACAUGGUGUCCAUUGGAAGGCCUUGACAACCAUCCGGUCCUCUUAUCUACAUGCAACUUCGCAUGAUUUGCUUUUAUAUGGCGACCAAUGUGCGAUAUGUCGUGACAAAAUGAAAGAAGCUACAAAGCUACCAUGCGGUCAUUGCUUUCACCUUAGCUGCUUGCAUUCUUGGAUUCAUCAUCGGCCCUUUCAAGCAACUUGCCCUACCUGCCGAAGUACUAUCGGACCAUCACCGUCACUCGACAAUACGAGUGCCGAAGCUGCUGUAACAUCUUCCAUCUGGGGUGGUAAAUACCUGUUAGCACUGUUGCCUUGGAACAUAGAGGUCAGCUUGACGGCAAGAAAUCCUCACUAUGACGAUACCUCUUCUGUAUACAGUGUAGACGAUCGAGAUGAAAACCUUCCCUCUGGUCUACCCAGCGGCUCCAGCACUCCAUACCGAACAGCUUCUUAUGCUGACCUCCAUAACAGAUGACGCCUCCAAGAAACACACACAUCGCAUUGCCCAACACAUCAUCAAUGACUUCACCAUAACAAUACCCUUUACAUCCCUAUCUGUAAACGAAUUCCUGACAAAUUUUUUUUGGCUCUUUUCUUUUUCAUCCCCAUAAGCUCCCCCGGUAAUAAAUCAUACAUGUUGUAAUUCCUUCACCAUCACG